AGAUGUCUGAGAGGAGGAAGAAGAGGAAGCUCAGCACUUCUUCGCCUGUGGUGCCUGAACAGCCAAUCAGCACCAAGAGAGCGAAGGAGAACAGUGACGAUGAGUCUACAGCGCCAAGUAUCGAUCACGCUAAGAGUUCUGCGUCCAUGUUUCAGCCGAUAGAAUUUGGUCCUGAAAGCAAACUAAGGGACACUGAGUCUGCAGCGCCAAGGGCCGAUUCUUUAAAGAGUUCCAUGUACAUGUUCGAGCCAAUACACUUUGGUCAUGAAAGCAAAAAAAGACCCCUGACUGGAGAGUCCACCGCACCAAGGGCUGAAUCUUGGAAGAGUGAUGCGUCUAUGUUUCAGCCGAUUGAGUUUGGUUCCAAGAAAACACAAAGCUGUUCAGUAUGUACAGAGGUUUUGAGGGAUCCAGUCCAGUAUAUGUGUGGACACUGGUCAUGCAAACAGUGUGUCGGCACAGACCUGGACCAGCAUGAUUCACCAGAAGACCACCCCUGCAAGAGGUGUGGAAAGAAACCCAAAUAUCAAUCCAAACCCCAAAGAGAUACAGAGACGUUUAAUGUGGCCAGACCUUCUCGGAAAACAAAGACUUUUAAAGAAAGGAUGAGACUCAAGUUUACUUCAGUAUCUGAAGGUAACGGUGACUCAAAGAGGGCCUUCAACAGCAUCUAUACCGAGCUCUUGAUCACCAAUAAAGAGAGUGAAGGGCUGCAUGAGGAACACGUGUUCAGACACAUCAAACAAAAAUCGUUACCAGGAUCCCCUAAAUCAAAGGUUGACCUGAGCGACAUCUUCAAGCCUUUGUCCGGCCAAAAGGAACCGAUCAGAACAAUCCUGACGAAGGGCGUGGCAGGAAUCGGGAAAUCCUAUUCCGUGCAGAAAUUCCUUCUUGACUGGGCCGAGGGGAAAGAGAACCAGGACAUCCAUUUGGUGUUCUGUAUUUCUUUCAGAGAGCUCAAUUUGAUUAAAGGUGACAAAAGCUUACUGGAGCUCCUGACUGAGUUUCACCCUGCUCUCAAAGAACUAAAGGAUUCAGUGGAUCUCAUGAAAGCCAGAACCAUAGUGGUCCUGGAUGGCCUGGAUGAAAGUCGAUUUAAACUAGACUUUAAGGACAAGCCGGUAACAUCUGUCACUGAAGGGACAUCUGUGGCUAAUCUCCUUGCAAACCUCAUCAAGGGUAGCCUUCUUCCAGAUGCCAAACUCUGGAUAACGACUCGUCCAGCAGCAGCUGAUCAGAUCCCUGCAGAGUUUGUGGACAUGGUUACAGAGAUCAGAGGGUUCAGUGAUCCCCAAAAAGAGGAGUACUUGAGAAGGCGAUGCAGUGAUGACCCAGGCCUUGCUGACAGAAUAAUUUCACACAUUCACUCGUCACAGAGUCUCGACAUCAUGUGCCAGAUCCCGAUCUUCUGCUGGAUUUCUGCUGUGUUGUUUGAGGAGAUCUUUAGGGAAGAUGAGGAAGCUGAACCCCCUCAAACUCUUACAGAGAUGAUGGCACAUUACUUGUUUGCUCAGACAACCCGCAGGAGCAGAAAAUAUGACAAGAACACAGAAGAACAAGAGCAACUUCUGAAGAACCACAAGGAAUUCCUCCUGAAACUCGGCAAGCUAGCCUUCAUCCAGCUGCAGAACAACAACAUUAUCUUCUACAGAGAAGACCUUGAACAGUGUGACAUCGAUGUGAAAGAGGCAACCAUCUUCUCCGGGUUUUGCUCAGAAGUUCUAAGAAAUGAACCAGUCUUCUCCGAGAAGAUCUUCUUCUUUGUGCACCUGACCAUGCAGGAGUUCUUCGCAGCACUUUUUGUCUACGACUGUUUCACAAAUCAGAAAACAGAAGAGCUUAGCGAGUUCCUUGACCUGAAGGAUGAGGAACACUCUUUACUCGAUCUUCUGAAGAUCACCGUUGAGAAAGUGCUGGAGAAGGAGAAUGGCCAUCUGGACUUCUUGAUGCGAUUCCUCCUUGGCCUCAUGGUCGAACCCAACCGGAGACUUCUUCAGGGUCUGCUGACAUCACCAGGCCCAGACGAGGACAAGAAAAUCUUAAAUCAUCUCAAGGCGAUACAGUGUAAGACCCUCCCUCCAGACAGUAGCAUCAUCCUCUUUCAGGCCAUGGUGGAGAUGAGAGAUCACAAAGUCAAAGAUGAAAUCCAGGAAUUUCUCAGAUCACCAGAACGUUCCAAAACAGAGCUGACUCCGCUGCACUGCUCGGCACUGGCUUACAUGCUUCAGGUAUCGAAGGACGAUCUGGAGGUUUUGGACUUGAAGAGUUUCAACACAACAGAUGAAGGAAGAAGAAGGCUGAUACCAGCCGUGAGGAUCAGCAGGAAGGCUAUACUAGCGGACUGCAAAGUGACAGAAGACUGGGUUGAACAUUUGGCCUUUGGUCUCAAGUUCCCCUAUGUACCUUUGAGAGAUCUUGAUCUGAGCAACAAUGACCUGAAAGAUUCAGGAGUGUCGCUGCUCUGUGGCGGACUGUCGAAUAAAUUCUGCAAACUGAAGAUUUUGAGGUUGUCAGGUUGUCUGGUCACGGAGGAUGGCUGUUCUUAUCUGGCCUCAGCUCUCCAGUCCAACCCCUCCCAUCUGUUUGAGCUGGACCUGAGCUACAACAAUGUGGGGGUCUCAGGAGAGAGGAUGCUCACUGAGCUGAAAGAAGAUCAACAGUACAAGCUCAGCGAACUCAGGGUUGAUCAUGGAGGAAUUCAAAGGAUGACCCCAGGAUUCAAGAAAUAUUCCUGUGAGCUGACCUUUGACCCCAAAACAACCCUGAAGAACCUUACUUUCUCCGAAGGUAACAGAAAGGUAGCUUGGGAAGAAGAGGAGCAGCAAUUCCCAAGUGCCGCCGAAGGAAGGUCCGGUCAGCGCCGACAAGUGCUGUGUCAGCAGGGUCUAAAUGAGCGCCACUACUUUGAGGUUGAGUUUGAGAUGUUGAAGACCUUCACAGUUGGGUUAACAUACAAAACCAUUGAUGAGAAAGGGGAUGUGGAUGAUUGUAAGCUGGGACAGGAUGUCCGAUCUUGGAGUCUAACUUGCUCCAGUGAUGGUUGUUUUGUUUUGCACGGGGACGAGACAAUCAGUGUUGCUCCCUGUCGCUCGCGGGUGGCAGUGUACCUGGAUUGGCCGGCUGGUACUCUGUCAUUCUACAGAGUUUCCUCUGACAGUCGAACCCGCCUCCAUACCUUCAAAACAAAGUUCAGUGAGCCUCUAUAUCCUGCUGUUGAACUCCACUCUGGUUGUUCGGCAUCAUUAAGUCUGUAAAUGUGAAUGUCACGUCAUUCAGGCAAGCGUCUGAGGGUGUAAAUAUGCAUGUGGAUGAAUAUUUACACCCAUUUGCUUCUUGAAAGCAAAUGCCCCGUGUACAGAGGCUAUAGUCCUUGUCGCAGUGGUCGCAGGUCCGACUCCCUGCCUCGACCAUUUGCUGCAUGUCUUCCCCCACUCCCUUCUCCCCACAUUUCCUGUCGAUCUUCAGCUUUCCUAUCCAAUAAAGUAAAAAAUGCCAAAAAAACAGCUUAAAAAAGGAAAAAGGGGGGCGCCGCUGAUCGAGCGGUUGAAGUGUGCGCCCCAUGUACAGAGGCAAUAAUCCUUGUCGCAGCGGUUGUAGGUUGGACUCCCCGCCUCGACCGUUUGCUGCUGUCAUGUCUCAUUAUUUUUCCAAACAAAGUCUGAAGCAUAUUUGAUGAAUUAGGUUUUCUUAAUUUUGUACAUUAGCAGUGUGAUGUCACUGGUUGCCUCUACUUUGUUGCUUAUAAUCAAAUGUGUUAGCAUAGAUGUUAUAUUGUAUUAGCAUUUCACAUAUUAGCAUCUGUUACUGAAGGGUAUCUGUCUGUGCUAUGUUAGCUUCUAUGUUAACUUUGUGUAACCUUAGUGUAGUGAAUACCAGAGGUGAAAAUAUUGAUAGCUUUUAGUUGACUUUGUAUUGUGUUAGCAUGCCGCCUUGUGACUUGUGUCUGCUAGCUAACAGAAACAUGCUAAUAAGUAGCUGUGUAGGGUUUUAGAAUUGAGUAAGAUUAGUCCACAAAGAAAGAUGCAGGGAUCUUGUGCGGCUCCUCCUCCUAUCGUCGGACAGAAACCCUUGUUUUUGUAAUUCCCAUUUGAACAGGGUGACAGCACUAUUUUUAUGAUAAGAGAAUGCAUGAAACAUUAACACAAAUUGCACAUGAUAAAAUAUGCCUGAACAUUUAGAUAUCGUAGCAUAAGACAAUUAGCUUUGGAGUAUUGGAAUCAAUUUAAUCACCGUCAUAUAAAAAAUAACUCUGAUGUAUUUUGAUCGAGUGCUCGGUGCUCGAUUCUGUUUGUCUGUUGUAGGCUUGUGAUUGUUUUGUUGUUGCCAUGACUACCACUGAAGGACAACGGCUACUGGAAGUCUUGUCUCCAUGUCUCCAUGUCUAUAUAUAUAUAUAUAUAUAUAUAUACACAUAUAUAUAUAUUUAUUAUCGAUAAGUGUUUGUAUUAAAUACCCAUCCUGCAUUUGGGAGUGAGAUCACUACAGGUGGGUCCACAUAUAACACAAACUUCCAUAGCACGCUAAUUCAAUAAUCUUAAAAUAGUUACUGACUUGCUUGUUACUGAAGUGAAUCAUAUUGCUGUGAAUCUUUACACCUUGAAUUGAUCCUACCUCUAUCCCUGUUAAAACAAUAAUGAAUGUAAACACAGAGGUUGAGAUAGGACUGUAAAUGAAACAAUUGUGUUGUGUUAUUGAUUGACAUGCAUUUUAUACUUUGUUUUUUCAAUGUGACACUAUUGAGGAAUCAGGUUAACCAAGGUAAUCAAAACGCAGAAAAACCAAGAGGGGUCCAGCUGCAGACCUCCACUCUCUUAAUCCUGACGUCACUUCCUUCUGACGGUGGAGGGGAGCUCAGAGUGGAGCCUGCAAGAGAGUCGGCUUAGAGUGGAGGUCUGCAGCUGGACUGUCUUGACCGUUUUGGACUAUCAGUCAUUAUUGUGUCAUUUAUUGCACUCUUAUAGAAACAUGUUAAGAUUGUGAUGUGUUGUUCUCGAGUUACCCCAUCGUGAUUUAAAUGUCCUCAUUUUUUUUUUAAACUUUGUGCAUUGAUUUUCACACAGAAAAACAAUCAUUUCCAAAAUUAGAAGUUGGUAAAUUUUGCUUUAAAAAAAAAAAAAUAAUAAAUAAAAAUCUCCUCAUUUCUGGUCAGUGUUUUUGAAACUAACCUUUCAGUAUUUGAAGGAUAAAUGAAAACUGGUCUUUUUUUAAAAAUAACAUGCCGAAGGUUUCAAUGUAAUGGGGUUAACAGUGUGUACUCUUUCUGUUGUUGCCUCGAUGUGUGAAAAUAAAAUCUAAAAAAAUA